CACUUCCACCAGAAAUAGUUCGACUGAUUGUCCUUUAUUUAAAAAAUGAUAAAAAAUCUCUUCAUUCAUGCUUAUUAGUUUCUCGAAAUUGGUGCAGAGAAACUGUAGAUUUAUUAUGGAAACAACCAUUUCAUUUCUUAUAUACUUGUAAUAAAAUAAACUCUUCAGUUACUUCACAAUCUAGAAAAUCUAAAUUAUAUAAUCAACAAUAUUGCUGUUCAAAUGAGAAACGACAAUAUCAAGCUACUAAUUUAUUGAUGACCUAUUUAUUAAUUAAACAUGAUAAAGAAUUCAUUGAAGAGGGAAUUAUUAAAGCGGAAAGUGAAAGAAUUACUUUUAAUUAUUUCGAAUUUUUAUUUGUAUUGGAUUUGCAUGAAUUAUAUUAUGCAGUUAAAGAUUGGAAUCGAUGGAAUAUGCCAAUUUCAAAAUUCAACAUAGAUAACCCUUUACCUCUAAAAUUUGAAAGUAUAAUUAGAUACUUUAUUAUGAAUACAUCAAAGUUACAAGUACUUUCAUUAGAUACAGAAUUUAUCCUUUAUGAAUUUAACAACAAAAAUCCUUGUUCAUUUCUUAUUGACGUUAAAGUAAGUAAAUAUGAUAAUAAUAACGAAUAUUUUAGUUACCGUGAUAAUUACAUUCUUAAGUUAUUAAUUAAAGAAUCGAAAUCUAUCCAAUUUUUUCAAUUUUUUGAUAAUUUAACUGAACUUAUAUUAACUAUAAAGGAAAAUAAAUGUGAAAUAUUCCUUUUUCUUUCACAAAUUUGUCAUAAUAUUCAAAAAUUAAUCACUAAAACUGAUAAUCGUAAUAGUACUUGUGAAUCUAAUUCUCUUAUUUCUUUAAUUAGAACUCAACAUAAUUUAGUUCAUUUUGAGAUAUUUGAUGUUCCAGAAAUGUAUAUAAAUGAAAUUUUAGAAUCUUUAAAAUAUUCUCAACAUAAUUCAUUAAGAACUUUAAUUCUUAAUAAUGUACGGAUUAUUUAUAAUAGUACUAUUUUAUCUUACCUAAAAUAUUUACAAAAUUUGCAAGAAUUAAGAUUUAAUAAUUGUAUGUGUAGAAGAAAUCUAUUUUUUGAUAAUGAAUAUAAUAAGAAAGAUAUAUUUGAUGAAGAAAAAAAUUAUGAGGAAGGUUUAUGGUUACCUAAUCUUAAAUAUCUUCAAGUAAAUUUUAUUGAUGAAAAUGAAGAAGAAUUUAAUGAAUUAUCAUUUAUUCUAUCUUCAAUUUUAACUAGAUGUUCUCCUUUAAUAAUUAGUAAUAAUAUUUAA